GUUGUGUCAAAUGCUGCUGGACAGGGGGUUGCCAUCACUGGGAACAAUACUUUCAACAACUGGAAUUGGCCUAAUGCUGUGAUCUUUGCUGCUACUGUGAUCACUACAAUUGGUUACGGAAAUGUUUCUCCAAAGACACCCUCUGGGCGUCUCUUCUGCAUAUUUUAUGGGCUCUUUGGAGUUCCUCUCUGUUUGACAUGGAUCAGUGCUCUGGGGAAGUUCUUUGGCGGACGUGCCAAGAGGCUGGGCCAGUUUCUGACAAAAAGAGGAGUAAGCCUGAGGAAAGCACAAAUUACGUGCACAGCUAUUUUCAUUGUUUGGGGUGUCUUGGUCCAUCUGGUUAUUCCCCCCUUUGUCUUUAUGGUGACUGAAGGAUGGGAUUACAUUGAAGGCCUCUAUUUCUCAUUCAUCACUAUCACCACCAUAGGAUUUGGAGAUUUUGUUGCAGGUGUAAAUCCAGAUGCAAACUAUCAUGCCCUUUACAGAUAUUUUGUGGAGUUAUGGAUCUAUUUGGGACUAGCUUGGCUUUCACUCUUUGUUAACUGGAAGGUCAGUAUGUUUGUGGAAGUCCACAAAGCAAUCAAGAAACGGAGGAAAAAAAGAAAAGAGUCAUUUGACAGCCAUCCUCGGUCCAAAAAACCCCUUCAAAUGGGUACCUCAAAGGAUGUCAACAUUUUCAGCUUCCUUUCGAAGAAGGAAGAGACCUACAAUGAUCUUAUCAAGCAAAUUGGGAAGAAGGCCCUGAAGACAAACAAUGACAAAAUUAUUAAAGUAGAAAAUGUCAAACAAAAUAUGCAGAAUGCCAGUACAGAUGCCCAGGUGACUUACACGAAGACAGAGUCAUUUGAGUACGAUGAGGCUUCUCUGGACAUUCAAAAUGGUCAUGUGCUGAGGCCCAUGCAUGAUAAACGUAUUGGAGACAGCCCUCUAGAAGGAACUAUGUUCAUAAACCAGCUAGACAGGAUUAGUGAAGAAGAAGGUGAAGUGUGGGAUUCCAGAGACUAUCGACCCUUAAUAUUUGAGAAUGCCAAUAUAACAUUUGUAAACGAAGAGGAUGAUGAAGAGGAUGAUAUCUCAGAUGAUGAGGAAACAUCAAAAUCUUCCAUGGAUGAUAAUCUUGCAGAGGAAUCUGAAACUGCAAAAAAACUUGUAAAAUUCUCAUCCUCUGAUGAAUCUACCUUUACCAAUAACGAGCUAGAACUUUCUGUGCCUUAUGAACAACUGAUGAAUGAAUAUAAUACAGUAAGCAAUGUGAAGGCUGCAACAUGA